AUGAUUAUUUUUUCCUUAAACUUGAGAGGAGGAGGUAGCCGGGCCAAGAGGAAGAGAGUCGGUUACCACAUUCCAAAAGGGGAUGUUGAUAUUUGCUUUAUUCAAGAAACAAAGUUAAGUGGCAUAGAUUUAAAUGUAGUCAAGGAUAUGUGGGGAGAUGUUCAAGUUGAGUGGUCGCAUUUGGAUGCCAACGGGGCGUCGGGAGGCAUUCUUACGAUGUGGAAAAGGGACUUCUUCACUCUAAACAUCAAUUUUAGAGGUGAGGGUUUCUUGGGUCUUUGUGCAGAGAAGGAAGGUAAACUUAUUUACUUUUUGAAUGUCUACGCUUCUUGUGACUUAGUCACGCGAAAAAGGACUUGGAAUAAGGUACGUGAGUUCAAAAACAUCAACUUUAAAGGAUCUUGGUGUAUUGGAGGAGAUUUCAAUUCUAUCUCCUCUUCUGAAGAAAGAAUUGGGACAUUAACUCGAAGUUAUAGGAGUGAUAUAAUGAUUUUUAAUGAGUUCAUAGAGGAAAUGGAGUUGGUGGAUCUACCUACUAUAGGAGGCAAGUUUACUUGGAUAAAAAGUAAUGGCAAGGCUAUGAGUAGGCUAGAUAGAUUUCUUCUAUCGGAAAGUUUUGUUGAAGAUUGUAAGGUGGAUGGUCAACAUAUUGGUGAGAGGGAUGUGUCCGACCAUGCUCCAAUUUGGUUGAAAGACAAUAGAAAGGAUUAG